UUGUUACGGUCGAGUAAGCGGCAAAUGUAGCGCUGUUUCGCAAAGACGAAACCACCAUCAAUGAGUACACCGAGUACUUCGUACCAUUUCUGUAAUGUAUUCUGUGGAUUGAUUUGUACACAGCCAGCUUCAAGAUGCAUUACGACCUACGGUAGCGCCUGGAGCGCUUGAACCAACACCACCACAAUGAUAGACUUCAUGGAUUAUGUUGUCCACACGUUCGGCACCUCGACCGAUUGGAAUGUCGACAACAGCUACUCCUAUCUGACUGCGACUUCUGAUGCUCUAUUGUCCUUUCAAACGCCCUCAUCCCUGGCCUUACAUGUCUCGUCCCUAAGCACACCGAAUUUUGCAACCUCGUACACGCUCUCGACCUUGGGCCAGAUUGACGGGUCGAUAUCUUACCUCUAUUCGACGGUUCCACUCGCACACAUACCAUCGCAGACGACGAGCAUACCUUUGAAGAGCUUGGUGAGGGGUUACCGAGAUAUCAAGUUGCCAAUAGGAUUACAAGAGAAGAGACAGCCUUUCCAGCAAGACGCGAAGAAGCCGACGCUGCUACAUGCGACGCUUGCCCUGCCCCCUCCAUCUGUCUUGACAGGACUAUAUGCCAGGCGCAUAAACCCUGAUACCCUUCUUUCACUGUCUCUCUAUAGCAAAUCUGUCGCACUCCCCAGCGCCAGUGCUGGUGUUCCUCCGGCAUCGGUGCUAGCCCAUGUUCAACAUGACACAGGUAGAUACUCUAUCGAGGGACUCGGCUCGACAGACAAUGCGCUACUUGGUGUUCGCGGGCUUUGGAACUUUGGCAUCUCACCGCCAGAGUCAGACGGUUCGAUCUCUUCUGCCACCCCGUCUGAACUGGUGGGGGACCUCACCGACUUCCCAACGAGGCUGCCGCUCCCACCGCACUUGGAUGCCCUGUCAGCCUACCACAACCGACUCGCCUCCAAACCAUCCCUUCUCUCCGCCGGGGCAGAAUUCUAUUACAGCCCCUUCAGCCAUGUCAUUGGCUUGUCGACGGGCCUACGCUUCACGACACUGACACCACAAAUCACGCCUCCUGAUGAACCGCCAGCUCGUUCUUCCAACAAGCCAUUGGCGGGGACAUCGGCCGCCCUACUCUCCAGCGCGAGCCACUCGCUCCUCACACCAAGCAACGUCCACCACUCAUCGUUCCCGUACACCAUGACACUCGUCCUGACCCCUCUCACGGGCUCAAUAUCAUCAUCGUACUCGGUCCGGCCGACGCCCAACCUCGCACUGUCUUCUCGCUUCGACUUCAACUUUUACUCCUGGGAGAGCCGGUACGUCCUCGGCGGCGAGCUGUGGCGGAAACACCGCACGUCCAAGGACCCAGACCAUUCCACAUCCUGGGCCCGAGAAAAGACCCGAGACUGGUUCACCCCGGCCGAGAGGGCUCUCAAGGACGAACGGGUUGCGAGAGAGGAAGAGAACGUGCUCAAGUUUCGUCUGGACGAUACGUGGAACGUCCGGGCCUUGUGGAGCGGCCGUGUCAAGAGUCUCCUCGUCAGUGCGGGCGUGAGUGUGUGUCCUACAUCGAGAGGUGGGAGUAGCAACGCACCCGUGACGGUGGCCGGUGGCAUGGCGAGGCCAGGUCUAGAUUCCGAUGGAGGACCGAGUGAGAAGAGGUGGACUGGCAGUGUAGGAUUCAGCAUUGCUUAUUCGACUUGAUAUGAUACCGCGAAUGCAUAGCGAAUGUGAAAAUGGAGGUGCAUCCAUCUCUUUCCGACAAAUCAAAUAUACCCAGGGUACAUAGUUAUCUGAAAGUGACACGUUUUCAAAUCGAUUUGUAUGUUCUGGAAAAACAAUCAUAUCUACG